GAAACACUUUAAAGACUCCAGACAUGCAAGCGAAGCCCAAACCAAUAUAACAAACCGUAAUAAGGAAUCUUCUCUUCCUCAGAAACAGUUACUUGUCUUCGCUGUCCUCAUCUUACAGUAUACCACGAUGGCAGCUGCGAACCUAACAAACCUGCGCUCAAUCGCUAGGGUCGUCAAGGGUCAGAAGAUGAAAGAAGGUGCUGGCGUGAUGAUCUGCCGCACGGUCGGCACCGGCGCGUUGCGCAACAUGGACCCCUACCUCAUGCUCGACGAGCUGAAGCUGCCCGCCAAGGCUGCCUUCGCCGGCUUCCCCGACCACCCGCACCGCGGCUUCGAGACCUGCUCCAUCAUGUUGGAGGGACAGAUGGAGCACCGCGACUCGCAGGGCAACCAUGGUAUCAUCGGGCCCGGCGGCGUGCAGUGGAUGACCGCGGGCCGCGGCAUCAUCCACAGCGAGAUGCCGCGUGGCACGGACGGCAUGCUGUGGGGCUUCCAGCUGUGGAUCAACCUGCCUCGCAAGGACAAGAUGUGCAAGCCCAGGUAUCAGGACUACCAGAAGUCGGACAUCCCGGUGGUGGGGGCGCCCGACAGCGGAUGCAGCGUGCGCGUGAUGGCGGGGCGGCACGGCGGCGUGGAGGGGCCCAUCCGCAUGCGCAAUCCGGGGCUGCUGAUGGACGUGCGGCUGGGGCCGGGGGGCAGCUUUGUGCAGGAGGUGCCGCAGGGCUGGAACGGCUUCGCCUACGUGUACGACGGCGAGGGGCUCAUCUGCGGCAGCCGGGCGCAACCCGAGCAUGCACUGGUGUUGGGUCCGGGUGACCAUGUUGUCGCCUCGGCACCCGCUGCUGCUGCUGCUGCUGCUGCUGGGGCCGGCGGCAACAGCAGCAGCAGCACGGGCGGCAGUGGACUGCGCUUCCUGCUGAUUGCGGGGCAGCCCAUCGGCGAGCCCAUUGUGCAGCACGGGCCCUUCGUGAUGAACACGGAACAGGAGAUCUACGAGGCGUUCCGCGACUACCAGACAGGUCGGCUGCAGAACCCCUCCGACAACCCAUGGCAGGCGGAGGAGCUGUGAGGAUGCUGGCACCUUGCGGUGACGGCACCUUGCGCUGACGGCACCUUGCGCUGAUGGCACCUUGCGCUGGCGGCACCUUGCGUACCCGUUGUGGUUCCAAUGUUUACCCACCGGACCGCCGGAGUGUUUGACAUGUGUAUGUAUUGGGUAGCACCGUGUCAGUUUCGGCAUGUGCUGGUUGACGCCGUGAACAUAUACUACGACCUGCUGCCUGCUGACGUCGUCCCGGUGUUGCGACACACUGGGGCUGCUGGCUCAUGUUAUUAUGCCUAGGACUGCUUCGGCGAUGUUUAAUUGGGCUGGGAGGAACCUUGUGUGAUUCUUACAAUGCAUUCCUAUAGAUCGGUGACGGAAGCAAGACAACAGGAGCCCAUUAAACUGCUUAUCCAACUCACACUUCGAUUGUACCAUAAGUUGUGUAGUGACAUCACCGACAUGCCUGCCGCGAGAGUACACACAUGGGGCAUUGUGUGGGCCCUGCAUCGACUGCAUGCCGGCGCCGCUGCAAGUUGUGGUUCUGCUGUAAUCGCUCCCAUGCUUCCGAA